AUUGUAAGGGGUACGUAGAAUACAAAAUUACACAUGGAAUUCAAUCUUUGACGGUAGACAACAAAUGGUACACUUAAUAACAUUAAAUAAUUUCCAUGCAAAUAUAAAAAUAUGAUAAAUUAAUCAUAGUAUAUUUUUUAAUAAUAAAUGAGAGAAAUUAAUUGGCUAUAAAUUUACUAAAACCGUCCUCGUUAACUUUAAGAGUUGAGACUCUGUUUUCUUACAAUGGCCCCAUCUAUAUAACUCUCUCUCUCUGCCUAACAGACCCCAUAACUGACCUCUUUCUCUCUCUUUCUCUUUCUCUUUCUCUUUCUCUUUAUCUCUGCUUCUUGGGUAUGGCUGCUGACGUCAGCUCUCUCGUACGGAUACUUGGUAUGUACAAGGAUGAUCGGACGGUGGUAAAAGAUUCCACCGGACCAAGAUCGACGGUGGCGCUCAUGACACGCGAUCUCCUCGGAAGCGGCGGUUGUGUGGGAGGAGGAGGAGGAGAAGGAGACGAACAGUCGCUGGAACUUGACCUUGACCUCCAAGUCCCUAACGGAUGGGAAAAACGUCUCGACCUAAAGUCAGGGAAAGUGUAUCUGCAACAACAACGCACUUCAACGAGCUCUUCGUCAUCGUCUCAUCAUCAUCAUCAUCAUCACGCAGACCAAACCAACCAAACAGGUCCGAGAUUUCAAGAUUUGAAUGUCCCGCCGGUUUCCGACAAAUCUCCGACGAAACCAUUGUUAAGCCUCUUCGACGACGACGACGACACAAGCCUUGAACUGAAGCUAGUUCCGUCUUCUCUCUCUCGUCCUCUUCCACCUCCUCUGUCUUCUUAUUCUCCAAAUACGUCGCUCUCGUAUCUAUCGAGUGUUUGCACACUAGACAAAGUGAAAUCGGCUUUGGAGAGGGCGGAGAAAGACACAAAGAAACGCCCAUCGCCUGACGAUGACGGUGUUUACGAUGGAACCGCUUCUGCCACCACCGCCGCGGCGUCUCAGGUGGCGGCUGGAUGUCCAGGGUGCUUAUCGUACGUGUUUGUGGCGAAGAACAAUCCGAAAUGCCCGAGGUGUCAUUCGUUUGUUCCUUUGCCUGCCAUGAAGAAGCCUAAGAUUGAUCUCAACAUUUCGAUUUGAAAAAGACUCUCGGGGAUAGAAUUGAAUGGCUUUAUUUUGUAGGUUCGAUUUCUGUAAAUGAUAGAUAAAAUCAGGGGGUUUCAUUGAAAAUAAAUUGAAUGCAGAAAGGAAGAGAUGGAUGUUAUUUUGUAAAUUGUUAUGUAUGGGAUUUUCUGAUCAAUAGUUUAUCUUAAUUAUUUGAAAGACA